UAUGAUUUGAAAUAAUAACCAUAAUAAACCAAAAACAACACAAUAAUAACAGUAUUAGCAAGAGUUUUUUAUAUACAGUUUUUGGUUAUAUAAUAUUAUUUUAAUUGUCUAUUUCAAACUAUUUUAAAUCUCGAUAUACUAUACCGAUAGCCCAACGAUCGUUCGUUUCCCCACUAAGCCUUGCUAUCGAUAGCCGACUUAGACAGCAUCUGUCAAUCGAAUAGCAGCUGCUGCGCCGGCGUCGCAGUUGUCGGCAGGUGUUGCAGUUUUCCCAAAAGAAGAACAACAAUAAGCGAGAGAGAUCCGCGUUCUGUACUUCAUUUUUCGGGAUGAAAAUCACUAAAUAAUAGAGUGAAAUCUGUGUACACACGCGAGUGUCGUCUCCAGAUGUGUGUUUGUGUGUCUGUGCGUGUGUUUUUGUUUGUUAUUUGAAUUGAACAAACUGCGACAAAAGAGAGGGAGAGCAUCACAUUUAUACGCUCUCAGUCGUUUUUAUUCAUUCCAUGAUCGCGGAUCUCAAAUCGUUCUCUGCUAGAAUUCAAUUAAAUCUAUAGCGUCGCGAAAAAUCGUUGUGGAAUAUUCGUACAUUGUGUGUCCUCCAUUGUGUUCUGCCCUUCUCCUCCGUCUCCGUUUCUCCCCCUCCAAUUCUCUCAUCCCAAUGGAAAUGUCAACACAAAUUCACACAAAAGAGAGGCCAGGAAUGCGACACUGAUUUUGUUGACACUCCAGUGAGCACUGUUAAAGAAUUCUUGAUUUCAACAGUUUUCCCAGCCUUCCCAAGGCUUUACCAAUGAGCAGUGCCCAUUGAGCCAUUGGGCCUGGUGAAACAUGGUCAAAUCCCUGGUGGCCAAGUUGUCCACAGCCUCAUCAAAUCUCUCCUUGGCCAGCACUUUCGGCGGCGGUAGCGGCGCAGCAGAGGAAACGAAUUACGCAAAACAUCGCAAUGAUCCGGGACGCUUUUUCGGCGAUGGCGUCCAGUUCAAGGCAAAGCUCAUCGGCAUUCUGGAGGUGGGCGAGGCCCGUGGGGAUCGAAUGUGCCAGGAGGCGCUGCAAGACCUCAAGAUGGCCAUUCGGGCGGCUGGAGAGCACAAGCAAAGGAUAACCAUCCAUGUGACCAUCGAUGGGCUGCGUCUGAGGGAUGAGAAAACUGGUGACUCACUGUACCACCAUCCGGUGCACAAAAUAUCCUUCAUCGCCCAGGAUAUGACGGACUCAAGGGCUUUUGGGUAUAUCUUCGGAUCGCCGGAUAGUGGCCAUCGGUUCUUCGGCAUCAAGACGGACAAGGCGGCCAGCCAGGUGGUGCUCGCCAUGCGUGAUCUCUUCCAAGUGGUCUUUGAGCUUAAAAAGAAGGAGAUCGAGAUGGCGCGUCAGCAAAUUCAGGGAAAAUCCCUGCAUGAUCACGCCAGCCAGCUGGCCUCCCUGUCCUCGUUGAAGUCCGCCGGCCUAGGAGGGUUGGGUCUGGGUCAUUCCGAUUUAGCCAGUGGAGGAAUAUCAUCUGGACAUGCCCUUACACUGUUGGGCAGUGGCCUUAGCACCACAAAUGGAACAAGCAGGUUGGGCGUAAAUCUAGACGUGGCCAAGGCGUCGGGAUCGGCCGCCAAAGAGAUUUCCCCCGAAUCUGUAGCUGACCUGGUGGACCUCGAGCAAGAGCUUACCUCACUUCAGCGAGGAAUCAGUCAGAUGGAACGAAUAACGCCAAAUGAACCGACCACGUUGACCUCCAAUGCUGGAGUUGUUGGUGCUGCACAUCCGACAUUGGCCAAAUCUGCGAGCGAGGAUGAUCCUUUCGGAGACUCGUUCAUCUAUGUGCCCUCCUACAGUAUCCUGCCACCGCCACCUGAUUCCGGGCGAAAUCGGCACAAGCCGCCUAACAAAACUCCAGAAGCGGUUGCCAGUUUGGAUGCUAUGCUUUCGCCACCUACUGGUGCCAGUAGCUCUCAAACUCCUGCCACUGCAGGACAUCAGACUGCGGAUAACGACGAUGACAAUUGGCUGCAGGAACUGGACCAGCAGAAUGAUGUCUUCGAUACAACCAAAGUAGUGGGCAGCAGCGGAUUGGGAUCGGUUUUGGCCAUGGCUCCAUUGGCCUCCUCCGAAUCCACGGCCACGCCCACACAACAACUGACAGAGAUGGCUUCAGGAACUGGAGCUCUAGCUGACCUUGAUAUCGGUUUGGGAUCGACAUCGACAAACGAAGAACUGGCCUCAGCCAUCUUGUCUUUGGAUGCGUUCACGGAUCUGGAUCCGCUGGGCACGGGACGCACCAGGCCGUAUGUCGAUAAGAAAUACUUCUUCCAAGAGCUAAAGAAUCCGCCGAAGAAGCUGCUUAAGGAGCUCAGCUCCGGCAGCCAGGCAGGUCUUGGCUUGGGUCUCUCCCUGGGUCAGCCGGAUGGCCUCUUUCCGGAGGAUAGCACCACCAUCUCCACCACCACCACCACCACAGCUACUAACAUCACCGCAGGAAUUCCGCUCCAGAACUCGGCUAACAUACUAACCACCACUGCUAGCACCGCCGCCAGUUUGGGCCCGCUACUGUCCACGGUUGCUUCCAAUCCCAAUCCCGAUCCCCUGCCCGCUCCCAUUUCCAUACCCACAUCUAUUUCCCACUCGAUCACUCCGAGCGCUGAGCUGAAACUGUUGCUUGGCCAUAUCACUAAUCCGCCUAAUCCCACCGGCCACUAUUAUACCACAGAACCCCCCACGUUGACCUCGUUGGAGGAUCCCCAUCCUGCGGCGGAUCCUGUGCUGUUGCCCAGAGACACGGAUCCGUUUUCGCCUACACGUAAAAAGAGCGAUCCAGAUCCGUUUCAAGAGGGCGAUCUCUUUGCCAAACUGGAUGCUUUCGAGUUUGAGGCUCCGCCGGCGGUUCCAGCUCCCUCGGCCCCAAAUGUGGCGACGGAAUCAAAAUCGAACGUAUUCAAUGGACCACUUCAGGUGCAAUUGCCACCAGAGAAGGAGAUGCAGCUUCAACAACCUCCAAGUACGGUGAGGAAUCGUCCCACGGCCUCAGUUUCCGCGCUGCCAAGUGGAGGUGCGUUGGAUGUUAUCUCCAGUAUAAGCAACAAGAAGAUGCCACAUCUUUUUGGCCAGUCCAGAUCUUUUGGAAAAUCGGGAUCGGACAUUGGUUCGAGUGUCAACAUGCGACGUUUGCAGGAAAGCGAUUCUCUAAGCGAAACGGAGGCUGCUCCUGAACCACCGCCUCGUCCAGAUUCGACGCCGUACUCGGAACCGCCACCUCUACCGCCCAAGAAACAGUUCAGCGACUUGGUCAUUCGACCUUCACCUGCAAAUGCCACACCUCCUCCAAGUGCUGGACGGUAUGAGUACUUGAACAGUAGUGUCACUGCUAGACGGACUGUCUCAUCUGUUGAUGCACCACCCAUUCCAUUGCCAUCGCGACGUGUGGGACGCUCCGAUGGUUGCUUUCCGGGUCCAGGAAGACCAAGAAAACCGGGACACACCGAAGAUGACUACCUGGCGCCAUUGGGAGCUCCACCGCCAUUGCUGCCGCCUCCCAGCCAGGGAUCUAUGGCUCGGGCUAGACCACAACGGCAGGCUUCGCUUGGCAGACCACAGGAUAUCUAUGAAAAUAAGGCAGAGAUUCUGCAGGCUCAAGCUCAGGCCCAGGCCCAAGCUCAGGAGGCGUCAUCUACUGCCAAUACCCUAGCUCCCGAUAUUACAUUAACACAACUGCUCACCUUGGGAAUGGAUGACUUGGCUAUUAAACUAAACGUUCCGGCCAGCAAACUAAGCACCAUGACUCUGGUUCAAUUAACAGCCUAUCUCUCCGAGUAUUUGUCUAGUGAAAAGAGCCAGGUUCAUAGCCAGGAAAAGAGAUCUUCGCCUGCCAUUCCAGCUCCUGCUCCAGCAUCCACAGCAGCUGUCUUCAAGGUGAACUUCGAUCAGCAAACCUCCUUUGUGGCCAAGUUCGACGACACUUUCGGCGAGGAUGAGCUGGUGAUGCCUUCGAGUUCCUCGGAUUCUACCUUUGUGGCCAAUUUCGCCAAUUUUAAUGAGGCUCCCACGGCAAUGCCCAUGUCAGCAGUAUCGCCAGUGGUUGCCACAGUUCCAUCAGCGGAUCGUUAUGCAGUAUUUCGCGAAAUCAUCGAUCAGGAGCUGCAGCAGCAACAGCAGGAAACGGAUCUAAUGGGCGACUUGACACCUCCGCCAGUCGACGAGACGCAGGCCAAGGAAAUUCCAGAGGGAUUGGAGGUGAACAAUGUAGGUGCAGAGUUACCAAUUGAUGCCUUGGAGGUCAAGCCAGCUCCUAAGAUCGAUACCAAGAUCACCGAAGUUGUGGCACAGGCCAAGGACCGUUAUGCAGCCCUAAGAGACAUCAUCCUAGUGGAGAAUCUCUUUGAUAAACCGGCGAUUCCAGCAGCCACGCAACCGGAAAAGGAUCUACUGCAGGACUUUCCAGAGUUUAGCGAUGAGUUUAAUGAGGAUCAUGACCUCCGUCAAAUAAUGGAUCAUCAGGAUGCACAAUCACAUUCUAGGGAUCGCCUUGGUCUGGUGGACAGCCGGGGCUUUCCAACAGAGCCUUCAUCUUCCGCUUUGACUGUGGGCGAUGACGACGAGGAUGAGGAUGCAGAUGCAGGUGGUGAGAGCAGCAUGGAUAGUAAUGAAAAGGAUGCAGAACCCGUUAGCGGUCAGGAUCAAUAUGAAAAGCUUUCCACGUCCACGCAACAACUGGAUGCAGCUGGUCCAACUUUAGAGGACGUGCAACAGCAACAGCAGCAGUCCCUACCUCCUAAACAGGAUCAGAAAUUCCUUUCCGUACUUACAGCACCUGGGGGUGGAACCAAAGAUGAUAUCGAGAUCGAUGAGCUCAUGCAUCGCGCUAUAUCGAAUCUCUCUCUGGACUCAAGGGACAGGAUUUCGCCAGCCACCUCUUCGGCAGCUCCAUCAAGAGGAGCUCCCGGAUUGCAUACGCCCUCGCAGUUCAAUGAUGUCAGCACAUCGCCAAUUCCUCUCCAGAAACCAGUGAUGGGGCCAUCCCCAGUGCCCUCGCAGCUUUCAGCAGUGUCUCAACUCAUUGAUACCGCAACUAAACAGAUGAUGGGCGACAAGGAGCGAGAAAAGCAAUCCUGGGCAACUUUCGAUUCCCCAAAGGCAAAGGGAAAGGCUAGGUUAACGCUUCCACCACCACCUCCACCUGCCUCUAAUACUUCACAACCGGAUACGGUGGAAUCUCCAUGCAGUUCGGAUCCACGUGACGAUGGCUGGUCAAAGCAACAACGUCGCUGGGCGAAGAAAGAGCGACAACAGACGUCCUCAUCAUCUCGAGAUUUGAGUCCCUGGGACGAUGAAACACCAGAGUAUCUAAAGAGACGGCAAUUGGCCGCCGCCCAAAUGGCUCAUCCUCACCAGCCACCAAUGCAACCACAGCCGCAGCAUACAGAUCGGCAUGGCUACUACAUGAGACACGCCAGGCGAAUGAACUCAUGCGACGAGGAUUACGACUAUGAUGCGGAGUUCAUAGCACGCCGGGAUCAGCAGCAACAGCAACAGCGAAAGUUUAAACAUGGUCUCUCCCGCAGCCGCGACAACUUUGAUUUGGAAUCCCCCAGCUGGUACCAUCAUCCAGCGCAUCACACUUGGUCCCCGCAGGAAAUCGAGCAAGCCCGAGCGCGAUCCUUUGAGCGUGCUGCCUAUGAGCGAUCCAGCUAUGGGCCACCACCGCCCAUCUACGACAAACGAGGCCAGUUGCGGAGCAAAUAUCGUGGGGAUCAUAGGGAAAGGGAUCGUGAGAGAGAUCGAGACCGAGAGUAUCGGGAAUACGCUCGUCCGAACUACGAUUUCGACUACGAAAAUGUGUAUGAUGAGCGUGGAGGACGUUCUCCAAUGGCCUACAAGCCAGGAAGAGGUGGAGGUGAUUACCUCUAUGAUAGAGAAAGAGAUCGAGAGCGUGAACGCAAAUCCUUCGACCGGGAAAGUCUUGAAUCUUAUGAGAGUGCCACACGGCGUCGACGAAGUUUCGGUAGUGGAAAUGAUGUUUACGGCAGCUUGGACAGUCGCGAAGAAUACCGCGGCGAGAGGGAAAGGGAUCGUGAACGGGACCGCGAGCAGAUGAAGACCCGCUCCUUACGGAAGCCCACAACUACAUCUGGAAAGCUCAGAAUCAGUGGCGACAUUGACUACGAGCAGGACUCGGAGCAGGACUUCCAACAGCGACCAGGUGUUCGGAGUCUGCAGCGACCCAGUCAGCUGGGCGGAGAUGUGGUAUCCUCCAAUGCGGUAGUGGGCCCGCAGCGGUUAAGAAAGAGCAGCGGUUCCAGUCCCUGGGAUGGCGAGGAACCUGCAUUGCCUGGUCAGAAAUCUUGGAAACGUCCAGCCAGCGCCGCUGACACCGAAAGACGUUUGGCUGAGAGUAGAAGGGCGGUAGCUUUGGGUCAAACUCCCUCGGAUGGCGAAAAAGAACGAAGAUUCCGUAAGAAGACCCGCGCUCGCAGUGCUAAGGACUUAGCUGCCGUGGGUGCUCCCACUGCAGGCACCUCAGCGCCGUCCAGGUCAGGCUACGGCCGUGGCAUCCGGGAUAACUACGAUUACAUGUGCCCUGGCCAGCGUAACGAUGACGACGACGAUGAUGAUGACGACUAUGUGGAUGAUGAACCGCCAACAGAUGAGGAUAAAUUCGAAAGAUUGAACCGCCGGCGACAUGAGAUGCACCAGAGGAUGUUGGAGUCCGAGCGUCGGCAAAUGGAACGUCAUCAGCCUCCAUCACUAGCAAAACUUCCCGGCCAGAAUCGUACACGUGGCGUUGUGGUAAACAGUGAUUAUGGUUUUGUGGACAGUUAUGAGCAAACUCCAACCCCAACGCCACGUUCGAACGCCAGCAGCACCGGGCCCGGUGGCCUGAUGAUGAGUGGUGGAGAAUCUUCCGCGGGAGUGACUAGUUCCAAGUUUAAUUUUGACGAUGGAUUCGAAUCGGAUUUCAAUCAGAGUUCACCACCGCCAGCACCGGCAGGUACCGCCUCCAGCUGCAAUUCUACACCGGCUGGUCCAGUUUCCGCAAAUGCAAAUAAUGGUGGAUCGAAGAGCCUUUUCCGAUUCUCUAAUGAUUUCUCCGAUCGCGAGAAACGGGAACAGUUCGAGAUGGAAACACCGCCGACCUCAACGCCACCCAUUACCCAGAAACUGCGAUUCGAUGAUAAUGUAAAGGUGUCUCAGUUCGACGAUGCUGCCUUCGAAGAUGAUUUUGCCAAGGCAUCAUUUGAUUUUGAAAAGGAACAAGGUGGUUCUGGGACAGCUGGAGCCGGAGUAUCGGGUGCUAUGAGUAGGAAACAGAAUAUGCGAACCAGCAAGCUCCAGCAGCGCCAGGAGCUCAUCAAGAAAUCCGAGUCGGUGAAUAUAUUCGCCAAAAAGCAAGAGGAUCCCUUCGAGGACGAUGAGUUCUUUAAAUCACCGGAUCAGGAGCCGUCGACGGAUCAGCAUAAUGACGAUGCAGAGGCUGGCAAGUUCCAAUGGAACGAGGACGCGAACUUUGCAAAGUUCGAUGAAAACAUGUGAUUUGACCAACUCUUUGCCAAGGCAUCGGGGCAGCGACCGGAGCCGGACAUCGAUGGCAACAACUAUGCUGAGAUCGAUGUAGUUAACGACACUGACUUUUACUUCCUGACGAAUCUCAACCAUUACUACCAGCAACAGCGAUUGCAGAACUUGCAGCAGAGCUUGGACCGCCAUGUGUACUGCAAUCUGCCAGACCAGCAAUCUCAGGAGCAAGUGAAGCGGCAGCCGAUAACCAAAUCAAUCUCCACAUCCACAAGUCCCUGGCAUGAGCCAAAGGCCAAGUCUAAGCCAAUUCAGCAGUUGCUGAGGAAGCCGAAAAAGUGGAAACUUAAGCGCACCCUAGAUGACUUCGUUAAGUGUCUGAUCAUUGCAUCGUCGGAGCAUGUUUACGAUUACGAUGUACUGUGGUAGGAUCAGGAGGAUUGGGAGGAUGAGGAGGUGUCCAAGGAUCAAUCUUAAGAAAGAGGAAGAAAGAAAGAGGGAAUCCAUACGAUAUAUAAUUCGCCACAUAUAUCUAGUCAACUUAAAAGCCAUUUAAACUUGUAAUAUCGCAAUACUCCCUCAAAUACUGUAGACGAUUCCUUAACUCCCAGCUCUGCCCAAUCCACAGGAGAUCAGAUAUUGUUUCUAAACCAGAUUGUAUAUAUAGAUAUAUCCACAAGGAGAUUCCAACCAAGCCAUAGAUGAAAUGUAAACGAAAACAAGCGUUUGUUAAAGGUACUCCCCACUCGACAGAUAAUGAAAUACUCACAUCCCAAAUCAUCAAUCGAUCUGCAAAUCGAUCAAACUAACGAAAGCAACUAAUUAAUUGCCUAUGCUAGAUGUCGUCUAACCCAUAUAACGAUUUAUCCAAAGUGCAACCACUGUGCUAGCAUAAAAUACUACAUAUAUUCCUAGGAUACGUUUAUGUUUAUGCGUACUACAAGCAACAUUUUUAUGAUUGAUUACAUAGUUAACUAACGACUAAUUAGUUUAAUUCCACGGCAGUGUCGCAUCAAAGUGUUUUAUGAUUUAACAACUUAUAUACAUAAAUAUAUAUAUAUACAUAUAUAUUUAUACGUAACUGAAAGAGCAACUGAAACUGAACGAUCAAGUAACUCCCAAGCAGCUAAAUAAAAAUAAAAACAUUAACAUUAAAUAAUAUAUAAUAAUUAUACAUACAAACAUAUUCUUAUAUGUAAUGCAAUUAUACGAAUACUAUAGUUAUUGUCAAGUCUCGCUGUGUAUGAGAUGAUUAAAUUGGUUUUUGUCUCAUCAUUUUGUUCUAUCAAUUAAACUGUGAGAAGCAUA